AUGAGUGUUGGCACAUCGCUCCGCGGUAGGGGCUUUGGAAGGUAUCCUCCCCUCGCCAUAUUCAUUUGCAAAGACUGGAGCUUGACUUCAGGUGCAAUAAUUACUCGUGAUACGGAAGGAAUAAGUAUCGGUACUCAUGAAGAUGAUAGAGCCCCAAAAAAUAGAGACCUAUCGUACGCGUGGACUGCUAACGCAUUUCAGCUGAAGCUGUCGGUUUUGGCUGUUGAAAGGACGUACAAGUCCGAUCUCUGA